AUGUGUCGUCUCCUUGUAUUCACCGGCUCCUGCACGCGAUGCGGUGAAACGCAAACAUGGCAAGAACUCUCCCAGCAGCUAUCGUGCCUCGAGGCCAAGAACAACGGCACCUUUGGCGAAUGCGAGAGGGGCGUCUUCGCCGAGCAGCACGCCUUUGACCAAGAGUGCGACUGCUGCGCUGAAGAGGACGAGGGCGUCGGCGACGUCACAGACGAAGACAUAAUCCCGGUGCCCACCGCCAAGCGAGCCGCCGAAUCCGACGAGACACAGCGCGAGCGCAAAAAGCAAAAGACGUGA